GCUGGAAAGAGGGGAAAGCAAACAAUUUUCAGGCCCGCCGCGUCUAGCAAAAAAUAUGAGAAAAAAAUUAUAAAAAAUUCGGAAAAUAGUUGAAAGUCAAGAAAAACUCCGUAGAAAGGAUGUUAAGGCUCCUGGGGUGCCUGAGUCCUGGCGGUGUUGAGCACAUAAAACUGGAGAGAGAACAAGCGUCGUUGACAGUAGGUGGGCACCGCGUCCUUGUCCAACCAGCCGCGCUGCCCUAGGGUGCCAUGGCCACGGGAACCCAGGGGCACUUAGACCACGUUACGGAUAAAGCCAGGCUCGCGGCGGCCACAGGGAGGCGCAAGAGAGCGGAGGCGGGCAAGCCCAGGAAGAACUUCCCCUGUCAGCUGUGCGAGAAGGCUUUCAACAGCGUGGAGAAGCUAAAGGUGCACUCCUACUCACACACAGGAGAGAGACCGUACCGGUGCUCCCAUCAGGACUGCACCAAGGCCUUUGUCUCCAAAUACAAGCUGCAACGGCAUAUGGCGACACACUCGUCAGAGAAAACCCACAAGUGUACGUACUGUGAGAAAAUGUUCCACCGCAAGGAUCACUUGAAGAACCACCUGCACACUCACGACCCCAACAAGGAGGCCUUCGCCUGCCAGGAGUGCGGCAAGAGCUACAACACCAAGCUGGGCUUCAAGCGUCACCUGGCCCUUCAUGCGGCCAACAGUGGAGACCUCACCUGCCAGGUGUGCCUUCAGCCGUUCGCCAGCACCGGCCUUCUCCUGGAGCACCUUAAGACCCACGCCGGCAAGUCCUCGGGCGGCACCAAAGAGAAGAAGCAUCGGUGCGAGCACUGCGAGCGCCGCUUCUACACACGCAAGGACGUGCGCCGCCACAUGGUGGUGCACACAGGCCGCAAGGACUUCCUGUGCCAGUACUGCGCCCAGCGCUUUGGCAGGAAGGACCACCUGACGCGCCACAUGAAGAAGAGCCACGCCCGUGAGCUGCUGAGGGUCAAGACGGAGCCGGCCGAUUCGCUGGACUCACCCUUUUCCUGCGGGCUAGCCGGAGGCGUCAAGGGCGAUCUGGCCACCAUGUCGACGCCGCACAGGCAGCUCCAGCUCAACCUGUACGGUGGCCCUCUGCUGCCACAGCACCACUGCCCCACCAUGCCCCCCCUGGACACAGAGCCCAACCCCCCACACCCCUUCCCCCUAAAGUACCAGCUGGGCUCUAAUCUUACCUCAUACUCCGUCUCCACUCUGGAGAGGGAGCAACAUCUAAAGGGAGAACUGGAGACAUAUCUGAUGGAACUGCAGAGCGGCAUGCCGUCCUCCUCGGCCGAGGGGGCUCAGCUAUCCUCCGCCUCCAAACUGGAGUUAGACUCCCAGGUGGGCUCGUUGGAUGAGACCUCGUCUGACGAGGCAUCUCUGUCCAAAAUCUCGGGGGCGGCGGGCGAGUCGCUGGCUUCCUCCUCAUUGCUCGAUUUCUCACAGCUCUUCAACUUCCUGCCCUUGAACAGCCCUCCUUAUGGGCACCAGGUGACAGCCGGUGGGGGUCUAGGCGGGGUCUCCUUCCCGCCAGAGGAGGUACUGUCUCUCGUCCAGCUUCCGCCCCAGCCCCUGGAUUCUCAUGAGGUGACAGGGAGCGGGGAGGAUGUAAGCCCCCUCCACAGCCUCUCCUCCUCCUACACCUCUAACCUGAGCACAACCACCACACUGCCCCGCUUUCACCAGGCCUUCCAGUGACACAACACACACGCAUGCACACACACUUACACACGUACAGUAAACACACACAGGCUGAUAAAAAAAAAAUAUUUUCAUGCCAGUAACACAUUUUUGAAUAUGUCUGCACAAAACUACGACGUAAUAGCACUUCUGUUCAACAGUUAUGGGAUUCUACACAUACAGAUACAGUAUAUUAGAUGUAUGGGUGUGUAUCAGCACUGACAUAUACCACAUACACAAGUCGUUUGGCUCAACCACAUAGCUCAAGCCAUGGGAUAAUGGUUGACAUUUCAUGUGGUUCGUGUCAACAAUACUAUAUCUUCACCGCCCUUGCAAAUUCACCACUAUAAUGUUCAUGACCAACACAGUCCAUUUUAGUUCAAACAACAAUUAAACAUAACUAGAGUUUUGGAGUUUUACAUAGAGGAAUUUAUUUAGGAAUGUGAUUGCAGUGUUGUAUUUCUACCAAUCUAUAUUCUUAACCCCCUUUGCCUUGGAGUAGAUUGAACCUAGUAUGUCGAUUUAAACAUAUUUUCAUAUAGAACUUUGUACUUUUGUGUGAUGUUGAAUGUCCUCACCGCUAACCAUUUAAAAAAAUGUCUUUAUCUCUUUGUUUUGUUUUAAGAUUUAUAGCCAAUGCAAUCAUAUGUUUUUAGACAUAAGGUACUGAAAAGCCCCUUGUGGAAUGUAGUGUGAGAAUCAUCCCUGUUCCCCAUCAAAACCAAAGUCAACCAAAUAUCGACUGAGUUGCCAGGCAGAAUAGUGUCAUGGUAUCGCUGAUGGUUGUAAAUGUUGCUGCUGCCUAGUAGUUCCCCUAUAGGCCGAUUGGAUAACUCAGCUAUAGAUAGACUAAGUUGUUCGUCCUCAUUUCAUUUGAUUUCAUAUAAAAGGGACAAGAUAAUAUACAAUUGUUAUGGCAAGAAUGUAAUCGUAGGCCUGAUUCCAUUUCGGCCCCUAGCCCUUUGCUGCUUCAUACCCCUUGGUCAAAAUUGCUAAAGGACCGAAAUGGAACCAGACAGUAGAAACAACAUUAAAGCACUGCCACAUAACUAUGGUCAAUUUGUCUUUCCUCAUUCUACCGGUUUUAGUACCGGAUAUGAGGUUAGAAAUAGUUUGGGGAGCUUUAACUCAAUCAUUGCCUGGCUACCCAAACACCUAGCUCCAGUCAAACACUAUUGGCCUGAGCACCUCCCUGUCGGUUUCUAGAACGCAAACUUAUUCUAACUGUUCUGAUUGUCCCAGAAACGGAUGGGUUGGGCCAGAGCCAGAACACACAUGAGUAAAGCGGCGUUUCGAAAAUUGGUCAUUGGCUUUGAUACUCUGAUUGGUUAAAGAUGAUCCAAUUGCUGAUGAUUUUGUUUCGUACAACAACCCUCAUUUUGUCACCAGAAACAACUUCAACGAUGGCAGUCUCAGACUGAAGUAUGUAGCGUACAUAGAGCAGCGGAAUAAUUCCGUUUGAGUCGUCAGGCAAACCAUGCAUCAAAUCAAGGAUAAUGUUAGCAAUAUUCAAUCCGCAGGAAACAGUGUAGUAGAACCACCAGUUGCAAAGAGAAAUAUGUCCAUUGUGCAGUUUGAAGAGCUAGAUGGUUAUCUUUAAACAGGUAUCUGGACACUUUGUAUGAGUAUGCUAAGGUUUGUGUGAGCCUAGGGCUAGUAUGUGAUUGCAGAGGAGAGGACCCUCACGCAGAAAAUCUGGGAGGCUGUGUAGAGCGGUCAGAACCGAACUGCCUGUUACAACUCAUCUAGGUGGUGCGAUGGAUUAGUCAUGUCUGAAUGUGUGAAUGGGAGAUUUGUGCCUCACACAUGCAGACAUUCAGAGUAGUGAAUGCAAAAGCACUUUUAAUGUAAUAUGUGACACAUUGUUCCUUCACUCAGAGCAAAGGGAUGUCCCAACUUUACAUUUCAAGUCAGUAUCCAGUAAUCCAAGAUUAUCUUCAAGGCCCAUAAUACAAUUACAAUAUUUUGGUUUUUAUUUUAUUUAUUUUAUUUUGUGUUUUUUUUAUUAACAGGUCAAUACAAUAUUACAGCCAGAUUCCUCUUGUUAUACUAUUCACAAAGAAGGAACCCUCUCAAAUAUAAGUAUACUGACCAAUGGCAACCAGCAUAUCAGCUCAGUACAGAAAAUGCUUCUCUACAAAUGCUGAGACAGAAACACAGCUACUUUAGCUUACCAGUCCCAGAAGUAGCCCCUUAGCGCCAAUUUAAACAGUUGUUUUGACAUUGUAUGUAAGGUUUAGAUAAAGUACUGUAUUCUACACCUCUGCGUGAUAUGAACUUGGCUGGAGUUCAUACUUGGCCGCCACGGUUGAAGAGUGUUCAUGAAGGAUUUGGUUUUUAGUGUCUUUAAAUGAUCUUGUCAAUUUUGUACGAUGUGUUGUAUAGUGCUGUAUGAUAUAGAAACUAGAGGAAAAUCCCAGCAAUGAUGAAAUAUGGAUGACUGGUCGGUCUGGUCUGGUCAAGAAGUGACAUUCCCAGAAUUGUCUCUGAGCGAGAUGCUGUAACACUGUGCUGAGAGACACUGACCCUGCUGCUGUCAAACAGUUCCUGAACAACUACAGUACAAGUCAAAAGUUUGGGCACACCUACUCAUUCAAGGGUUUUUCUUUAUUUUCACAAUUUUCUACAUUGUAGAAUAAUGGUGAAGACAUCAAAACUAUGAAAUAAUACAUAUAGAAUCAUGUAGUAAGCAAAAAAGUGUUAAACAUAUCAAAAUAUAUUUUAUAUUUGAGUUUCUUCAAAGUAGCCACCCUUUGCCUUGAUGACAGCUUUGCACACUCUUGGCAUUCUCUCAACCAGCUCCAUGAGGUAGUCACCUGGAAUGCUUUUCCAACAGUCUUGAAGGACUUCCCCAUAUGCUGAUCACUUGUUGUCUGUGUUCCAACUCAUUCCAAACCAUCUCAAUUGGGUUGCGGUUGGGUGAUUGUGGAGUCCAGGUCAUCUGGUGCAGCACUCCAUCGCUCUCCUUCUUGGUCAAAUAGCCCUUACACAGCCUGGAGAUGUGUUUGGUCAUUGUCCUGUUGAAAAGCAAAUGAUUGUCCCACUAAGUGCAAACCAGAUGGGAUGGCGUAUCGCUGCAGAAUGCUGUAGUAGUCGGGCUCAUUAAGUGUGCCUUGAAUUCUAAACAAAUAUCCGACAGUGUCACCAGCAAAGCACCAUCACACCUCUUCCAUGCUUCACGGUGGGAACUACACAUGUGGAGAUCAUCCGUUCACCUACUCUGCGUCUCACAAAGACACGGGGGUAACUCAAAUGAACUUAUCCUCUGCAUUAGUGGUAACUCUGGGUCUUUCUUUCCUGUGGCAGGCCUCAUGAGAGCCAGUUUCAUCAUAAUGUUUGAUGGUUUUUGUGACUGCACUUGAAGAAAUGUUCAAAGUUCUUGAAAUUUUCCGGAUUGACUGACCUUCAUGCCUUAAAGUAAUGAUGCACUGUCGUUUCUCUUUGCUUAUUUGAACUUUUCUUGCAAUAAUAUGGACUUGGUCUUUUACCAAAUAGGGCUAUCUUCUGUACACCACCCCUACCUUGUCACAACACAACUAAUUGGCUCAAAUACAUUAAAAGGGAAGGAACUCUACAAAUUAACUUUUAACAAGGCCCACCUGUUAAUGGAAAUGCAUUCCAGGUGACUACCUCAUGGAGCUGGUUGAGAGAAUGCCAAGAGUGUGCAAAGCUGUCAUCAAGGCAAAGGGUGGCUACUGAAGAAUAUAAAAUAUAUGUUGAUUUGUUUAACAAUUUUUUGGUUACUACAUUUUUCCAUAUGUGUUAUUUCAUAGUUUUGAUGUCUUCACUAUUAUUCUACAAUGUAAAAAAUAGUAGAAAUUAAGAAAAACCCUUGAAUGAGUAGGUGUGUCAACUUUUGACUGGUACUGUAUGUAAGAUGAAACAGCUUAGGUCACUGCCAGAAUAAUGUCAGUCUUUAGGAACUUGUGUACUUGGCACUAUGUGCUUGUGGAUGUAUGUGUGCAUGUGCAUCUGUAAAUCUAAACGCCUAUGUUUCUGCUUUGUUCAGUGAUAGUGUAUGGAAGAUGUUUUCAGUUACAACUUAGAUCUUAGUAGCCAGAUCAAGUCAAUCCCAUCAUCGAAGGAAUGACAUUGAUACCCCUGGGAUGUAACGCUAUGAUGAUAGAGGUUUGGCUUCAGGUAAAAGUCAACCUUUGGCCUUAAUGGAUAUCUAAUACAGUAUUCUUUUUUACCCUCGUUCGAGACGUGCCAUUUAUAGGUGUCUUUGCCUCACUCAAAGGGAGAUGAGGACCUCAGACACCUUUCAACCACGUUCAUUUUAGUACAGCAGGGCCGAUUACAUGCAAGUGUGCAAAUGUGCCUAUAGCGUUCUGACCAAUAGCAGCAAUGUACUGCAUAUCCAUUUGAAUUAAUCAAGUUUUUACUAUUUAAUUCUCUAAUGUAAACCAUAAUCAGUUUUAUAAAUAGAUCCCAUUGAAAUAAUUAUAUAUUAUAUUAAAAACAUUAGUGGGGGAACUAUUUUGAUAUAUUUCUACUAAAUCUUUAAUGCUCACGUAGACCAACUCUGUAAGUUCAUGUAACCUAUGGGAGUGGAUAUUAAUUUGCUUGAUUAUAAUGACUGAAAAAGUACAGUAGCUGGGCUGUUCAUUUACAGUAAGGUCCACUUUAGGUUGCCACUUCAGCUUUAUCUCCAACUUGUAUGUUUCAAAAAAAGACUAUGCUCAGUUUGGACUGUAUAUCACAACCUUUCAAAUUGUGUGAAUAAACAAUUGGUAUACAGUGUUUACUUAGCGCAUGCAUUUAGACUGCAGUGUUUUCCCUUGGCGCAAAAAAAUGUGCAACCUCACAUUGUUUUACUCUGUUAAAAAUAACCAAUAAGGCAAAAAACUUAUUUGAAUCCUCCAUGUUCCUUAAACAUUUCUCAAAUGAAAAGAAUAUCACUUUAGUUAGGGCCACGGGAUGUCAUUGAAAGGGGAAGCUGAAUGCCUGUGUAAAGUUUUCAAGUGUUAUGGGGUUGAGUGCUAUCAAUGUAUCUUGAAGGUUUGUGGUUUUACAUAAAAUGUUUGGUAAGCCUCUAUAUAGGGCAGAUUCUUCUAUAAUCGUAGCACUUUUGGAAAAUGUUAUGCCUUUGUUUCCUCCAGUACUUUUUUUUUCUUGUUUAAAAUACCUUUAUUACAAAGUAUAGAUGUCAUAUUUAGCUCUUUAGAAAAAGUUAACGUGUAAAUACAAUAUUAAAUGUUUUAUUUUUUACAGGUACAAUUUUUACAGUGUUUUACUAUCAUUAAGUGUCAUUUGCUUUACUUGCACAAAUGUUCUGUGUGUCUCAUUGAGGGAUCUAUCUGUCGGAUAGUAAAGACUCUAUUUUCACAUCAUUGCUGCCAUUUCAAAUAUGCCACAUUUCUUACCAUCUAUAUCUAUGCUGGCAAUUUGUUUGACUUUUAACCCUUGAUAAAGUAUUCAGAAAGCUAGUGUAUGUAGCUAUCCCAGUAUUUACACUUAAUAAACACACUUGGUUGCCUUAAGCAUUAUUUUUUAAUUGACAGGAUUGACUAAAUGUAUUGGAGUAACUUAUAAGGCUCAAGUGCUUGGGGACACUGAUAUUUUCAUAUACUUUUUAUCCCCAAUAUUUGAGACUUUUAUUGUUCCCUGAUGGAUGACUCCGUAUCUGGUUGGAGGGGUUUCUUCAGUGAGAGACACAGACCUUUAGCAAUUCAUGUCAACCUUCAUUAUAAGCUUCAGUGGUGCCAGUGAACCAUGUUGAAUGUGUAUGUAAGAAACACUGCAAUAUUGCAAUAUUUUGGUAUUGGAUCAAGCUGCUAAUGGAUACUUCUAAAGCUCCUUAAGGUGCUACAGACCUCUUUUCUAGUUCUUUGUUUUGUUUUUACAAAAAUAUAAAAUUGAGUUGUAUGGUC